GCAGGGGCUGGGAGAAGGGAUUGCACAAGCCCACAAACUGAAGAGGAACCAAGUCGAGAAGGGCAGGCGGACAGCCAAGCGGCAACCUAGCUAUGUGGGAUAGUGGCAUCGCAAGACCCUCCCAUGCCCUCCGCCCUUACUUAACCCUCUCCCCCAGCGCCUCAGCCAACAGCACUCACCAUCCUCCCCCAGUGUGAAGGAGCAGAGACAGCAUGGGGAACUCCAGCCUGCUGCUCCUUGUGCUCAUCCCGGCAGGUGCCCUGGGGAGCUGGAUUAUCGGGGGGAAGGAGGUCAAGCCCCACUCCCGGCCCUACAUUGCUUCCAUCCAGCUGGACGGUCGGCAUGUCUGCGGGGGAUUCCUGGUCUGGCGCAAGUGGGUGAUGACGGCAGCUCACUGUGUGAUUCCCAGACAUUCCCCCGCCGUGCGCAUCGUGCUGGGGGCUCACUCCCUAAAAUACCAGGAGGCCUCUCAGCAGAUCUUCAGCAUCCGGGAAUCCAUCAUGCACCCGCACUUCAACGCCCGGACAGUCCACAAUGACAUCCGCAUGCUGGAACUGAACACGACGGCCAUCUUUAACCAGUUUGUGAAGCGGAUCAGGCUCCCCAAACCCAACACCGACCUGCCUCCUGGGGUCGUCUGCAGAGUGCUGGGCUGGGGCGACACCUCCAAUUUUGGCACCAUCCCCACCGAGCUCAUGGAGACCAAGACGACCAUCGUGGAUAGGAAGAUCUGCAAGGCGCUGUGGGUGGGUCACGUCAACAAGGACAUGCUGUGCGCCGCCAGCCUUAACAGCACCCUCCAGGGAGUCUGCUCGGGGGAUUCCGGGGGCCCCCUCAUCUGUGGGGGCAGGGUACACGGCAUAGUCUCCUUCUCCGGGCAGAGGUGCGGGAAUCGCAGGUACCCAGACAUCUACACUCGCAUUUCCAAGUACAUCUCCUGGGUCCACGACGUUCUGAAGCGCUUUUAAUACUGGAGCCAAGAGCUCUGGGGGCUCCUUGUGUGACAGGGAUUCCGAAGAGGGGGAAGUUGGGACUAUGAAAAAGAGGGAAGGAUUGUUCUCUAUUGGGCAGUUAACGUGAAUUUUAUUAUAAAGUCUGUAGGGUCUGGUGUUUAGGAUGGGGGGCGGGAGGGGAUGUGCAUCAGGACUCAUGAGUUCUAUUCCCAGCUCUGUGGGGGGGCAUGUGGUGUAGUGGCACCUAGAAUUUGGGGCUUCUGUGUUUUAUUCCCACUUGGCCACUGAGUGAACUUUGGCUGAGUCCCUGCCUCACACUGUGCCUCAGUUUCCCCAUCUGUAACCUGGAUAGAAAGGUACCUGCCUCACAGGGCUGUUGGGGGAGGCUUCAUGGGUUAGUAUCUGUGAAGUGCUUGGAGAUGCUCAGGGGAAAGGGACAGAGAGGUGAUACCCAUCAUCUCGCCUGAGGUAUUUCAGGACAAGCCUAGCUCUGCAGUAGCAUUGUACCCCUCUGGCCCCACACUUCCGUGUCCUACGUGGCCUCACGAAAUGGGUGUACAGAAGGACACGUGGCCUUUCCCAGGCUGCUUGGAGGAUCAUCACCCCAGUCUCAUGUGCUGCUUGAUGUAAUACAACAGCCCACGGGGGCAGGAUUGAACCUGCAACCUUUGGAUCGAAGCAUAGAGGCCUCUAUGGACGGCGCUAGAAGAGCCACUGCUGUGUCUUCUUCACAAACCUCUAUGUAGCCCAGCCACUAGCGGUGACACGGACCUGCAUUGUUGGCCAGAGUUACACUGAUACCCCUUUCACAGGGCUGGCCCAGGCAGCCACCACAAGGCAGCAUGGGCCCCACUCUUCCCCUGAGCAGUAUCAGCCUCUAGGCCUGCAAUGCUGGAGCGUUCCACUUACAAACCUCCGCUCUGCUGACACCUGAAAACCUGGCAGAUGCUCCAUGGACACCUGCCCAGUUCUCUAGUAUCCCUGCAGCCAUCACCCUGCAGGGACAUAAACGCGUCACUGGGAGAAGCUGGAAUGGCCAUCGCUGCUCGCUCUGCU